CACACACUCAUUUGUCUUUAAAUAGAUGUGUUGUAUGGGUAUUGGUGUAUAACACAACUAAGAGAAAAGAAUAUGGAGAAUUCUCAAGAGUGUGCCAGAGUAGCUAAGGAUGUUUCACUUCAAGAACUUAGGGAUAGCCUUUCUGAGUUUGCUAGAGUGAGGGGAUGGGAUCAAUAUCACAGUCCAAGGAAUCUUCUUUUGGCUCUGGUGGGAGAGGUGGGAGAGCUGUGUGUGAUAUUCCAGUGGAAGGGAGAAGUAGCAAGAGGGCUACCCAAUUGGAGUGCUGAUGAUAAGGAACAUCUAGAGGAGGAGCUCUCUGAUGUUCUGCUUUAUCUAAUUCAGCUAGCUGAUGUGUGUGGGCUCGAUCUCGGCCAAGCUGCUAUAUCAAAGAUUGUCAAGAAUGCUCAGAAAUACCCAGUUGGUAAUUCAACUUCUUCUUCCACCUAAGUAAACUUGGAACCUCCUUGCAUGCCCAUCUCAAUAUGUAUGCCAGUCUUGUGUGAUUUUCCUUUUACUACCAAACCUGUGUGCUUAAGUAUGUCUCUCAGAGUCUCAGACAUAUUAAUAGCAAAUAAGCAAAGUUUAGAAGAAAAGGAUUUCACCUUUGUUAUCUGCAGCUUCUCAACUUUUACUGGUUAUCAUUAUCAUAACAAUGUAUAGACUAUCAAAGCCUCCUUGAUGUAAUAGGCAUUUAUAUUGCUGUCAUCAACUUUUACUGGCAAGUGUUUUGGGCUAGUCUUGCAUGAGACUCCUGCCAACGCGGGGUCUAGAAAGAGUCAGAUGUACGUAGCCUUACUCCUAUGUGCGGAGAGGCUAUUUUCGUAUUCCUCUUUGUUGCCGUGUAUAUUCAAGCAAUCAUAAUUUUUGUUUGCUAGGUGUUUGACAAGUGAAAUGAUUUUCUAUUGCUGUUA